GCUGCCUUUACCGUAAUGCUACAAUGAAAGGUGACGCCACUCUAACUGAGCGCUAGUGUCUGCCCUUUUUCCACAUAAACGGUGUCGGCAGCAAAUUGCAAGCAGCGACAGCACGAAGUCGCCAGAUUUCAUCACACCAUGCUACCUGAUAAAGAAGACUGCCCUGUGGUAGCUGGGGCACAAAUGUCUCCCGAAGGAGAAGAUCCUUCUGUCAGUCUAUUCAGAGAAUACCUCCGCCUUAGGACAGUCCAUCCUGAACCAGACUAUGAUGCCGCUCUGAGAUUUCUGGACAAAGUUGCAGGGGAACUCGGAUUGCCCAUGAAGAAGAUAGAGGUAUGUCCAGGCAAAGUCGUGUCCAUCAUGACCUGGCAAGGAACGAACCCUAACUUGAAAACUGUUUUAUUGAAUUCCCACACAGAUGUUGUUCCAGUUUUCCAGGAGCAUUGGAAAUAUGAUGCUUUCAGUGCUUUCAAAGAUGCAGAAGGCAACAUUUAUGGACGCGGCUCGCAGGACAUGAAAUGUGUGACAAUACAGUACAUUCAGGCUGUGAGAUGGCUGAAGGCUGCAGGGCCGAAAUUGUUGCGUACGGUGCACUUAAUGUUUGUUCCUGAUGAGGAGGUUGGAGGUGAGAAAGGCAUGGAAGCAUUUGUCAGGCAUCCAGAGUUCCAGAAGUUAAACAUUGGCUUUGCACUGGAUGAAGGUCUGGCCAACCCUGGUAAUGCCUUCACUGUCUUUUACGGUGAAAGGAAUCCUUGGUGGAUUACAAUCCACUGUCCAGGCAGUCCUGGUCAUGGCUCAAGAUUUGUGGAGAACACAGCGGCUGAGAAGCUGCGCCAUAUCAUCAACUCUUUCCUGAAUUUUAGAGAGAAGGAGAAACACAGGCUAAACACCAGCCAGUGUUUUACACUCGGUGAUGUCACCACAGUGAAUAUGACCAUGGUGAAAGGAGGUGUGGCCUACAAUGUAAUUCCAGCUGAAAUGGACGUCAGCUUUGACCUUAGGAUCCCACCAACAGUUAAUCUACAGGAAUUUGAGAAAAUGAUCCAAGGGUGGUGUAAGGAAGCUGGCGAUGAUGUGACGUAUGAGUUUGCUCAGAAACACAUGAACCAGAACAUUACUUCCACGCAAGAGAGUGAUCCCUGGUGGAGUGCCUUCAGCCAAGCCUGCAGAGAAAUGGAUAUAAAACUGGAAAAGGAGAUAUUUCCUGCUGCCACAGACAGCCGUUUCAUCCGAGCUGUGGGCAUUCCAGCCAUUGGCUUCUCUCCGAUGAAUCAGACGCCAAUCCUGCUGCACGAUCACAAUGAAUAUCUGAACGAACAUAUCUUCCUGAAAGGCAUUGACGUAUACAAGAAACUCAUUCCAGCUCUUGCCAACGUACCUGCCUCUCCAGAUGUUUAAGUGCUCAUUUUUCAUGAUUACCAAAAAUCAACGAUCACAUAGGUAUGAAAAGACCACAGAUUAAGCCAUUGGCAAUGUUGAUUGUUUUAAAAAAAUCCUCAGGUAGUCAAUUUAAUUGCUUUGAAGACAUUCUCACAGUUAGGAUGCGUGUGUAUAGUCAUAAAAGACCACCGUCUGCCUUGGCAUUAUGGUUGUCUGAUUGUCGCUAAACUUAGCGAAUUGAAAAACACUUUUUAAAUCACAUUUUCACCACUUUGAUUUUAUUUAGUAAAAUGCAUUUUAAUAAAUAUAUUU